GAGGAGGCCUUUUGGACCCUGCCCUUCUAGAAUCACCAUCGAACAGCCAUGCCCUCCGGCGACCAGUGCAGCAGAAUGGCCCUCGCCAGUUGGUGUCCUCUGAUCUGGGCUGUGAUCAGCACUGUUCACUUGAGGCUGAUUGAAAGCAAAGGUCCAGAAGAGAUCCAGCUGGAAGUGGCCACCAAAUAUGGGCUUCUGCGAGGGAAACCAGCAGAUGUGAAAGGAACGGAGCAGCUGGUCAGUGUCUUCCUGGGGAUUCCUUUUGCAAAGCCUCCGACGGGACCCUUGAGAUUCUCCCCACCACUGCCGCCUGAGCCGUGGGAUGGCGUAAGAGAUGCAACAGCUCACCCAGCAGUGUGCCCACAGGAUCUGGAGAUUCUCAAAGGCGUUGAGAAAAGGUGGAAAGAAAAACACCCCACCUUCCGAAAUGCCGAAGACUGUUUAUACUUAAACAUUUAUGCCCCAGCCCAGCCAUCCAAGAAGUCCAAGUUGCCUGUGAUGGUGUGGAUCCACGGAGGGAAUUUUGUUUUUGGGGCUGCAUCCAGGUUUGAUGGCUCAGCAAUAGCUGCCUAUGAAGAUGUGGUGGUGGUGACCAUUCAGUACCGGCUGGGUGUUCUGGGAUUCUUUAGUACAGGGGAUGAGAGCGCGCGAGGAAACUGGGCCUUUCUGGAUCAGCUGGCAGCCCUCCAGUGGAUCCAGGAGAACAUCGAGCCUUUUGGGGGGGAUCCAGAGUCUGUGACUCUCUUUGGAGUCUCUGCAGGAUCCUUCUCUAUUUCAGCCCUUGUUCUGUCUCCCUUGUCCAAGGGCUUAUUCCACAAAGCUAUCCUAGAAAGCGGAGUUUCACAGCUUCCAACUACCUUCAACUCCAACCCUCAGCUUCAUGCAAAAAGAAUUGCUCAUUCGUUUGGCUGCAGGGCGGCCACAUCAGCUGCCAUGGUCCAGUGCCUCAGGCAAAAGAGCCUUCCGGAGCUGACCGUCAAAGACAUCCUGAUGCAGAACAUUGGCCCAGUUUUGGAUGGUGUCUUUAUGCCCAAGACCCCUGAAGAGAUGCUGGCAGGAAAAGAGUUCAGUGCUGUGCCUCUCAUGGUGGGAGUCACAAACCAUGAAUUUGGAUGGAAUACACGUGUGACAUCACCCUUGAAAGCAUUAAAGGAAUUGGGAGACAGAAACACCAUCCGCUUCCUUUCAGAAAUGAUCCUCCCCUUGUUGGGUGUCCCACGUGAAAUCCUGCCUGUGGUCCUGGAUGAAUAUCUAGGAGAAACGACCCACCUGGAUGAACUAAGAGACGGGUUCCUGGACUUGCUGGGAGAUGUGGCCAUUAUUAUCCCAUCGAUUAAAACACUAAAUUAUCACAAGGCCUCUGGAGCUCCUGUUUACCUCUUUGAGUACCAGCACCGGCCCAGUUUAUACCAUGAUACGAAACCAGAUUACGUGAAAGCGGAUCACGCAGAUGAAGUCGGCUUUGUCUUCGGAGGGCCCUUUCUGACCGGGGACAUCCGCCUGCGUGACGAAGCCACAGAGGAAGAGAAGCGCCUCUCAAGGACCAUCAUGAAAUACUGGGCGAACUUUGCUCACAGCGGAAACCCAAAUGGAGAAGGUCUGGUGGAGUGGCCGGCCUAUAACGCCGAGGAGCAGUAUCUGGAGCUGAACCUGAAGCAGAAGGUAUCGAAGAAGCUGAAGGAGAAGAGAGUGGAAUUCUGGACAAAGACCGUCCCUGCGAAGAUGGAGGCGAUGCCAGGGAAGCACACCGAGUUCUAAUUCUGUCAAGAGUAAAUAUACAAAAGUGCAUGACAGAAAGAGAGACCGCUUUAAAAGUGUUCUAGUUAGUCAGAAA